ACUUGUCCUUCUCUCUUCUGCCCAUGAGUUGCUCGUAUUGUGGUCUCAAUGGCACUGUCAUCUUAUAAUCGACUGUCAUCUCUUGUCGCCAUGUCGUAACUCCCGAAUUCCCAUCACCCGCAGCCAAGGUGCCGCGUCGUUCGGUCCAUCGUCGACCCAUUCUCGAGACCAAAGACGCGCUUCACUCUAUCUCAACUGAUCCCCCAUUCAGUCUGUCUCUUGUCCAUAAUGCCGUUUACUCUCAAUGAGUUACUCAACCCUACAUCAACUGCUGUACACGAGCUGAAUUCUACAUCCAGUAUGGAUUCUCAUGAAUCCCCCUCCAAGGACGUCGCACCUGGAGUUCUUGAAUCAGACCCGACUUCCUCCACUGACGCUCAGGAUACCCUUGCAGCCAUUGCCCAGACAGCUACGAACGCCCUAGAAACCCACUCACUCGUUCCGGCCGCGCACGACGAUGUCGAAAUGACCGACGUGAGCCUGGUCAAACAGGAACAGCCAGAUGAUCCCAGCCUACCAACACAUCAAUCGCCGUCGCCGUCUCGUCAAGGUAGUCCAAGUCAACACGACAGCACCGAACCUACUUCCCACCACAGUCCCUCGCUCUCCCGAGAUACUCCCAACAAGUCCCUCAAACAGCGCAAACACCCUGGCAAGUCAAAGCCCGAGCUCACCGCCAACAAGUCCUCCAUCCACUCCUCCAAAAAUGAAGGCCAGCAUACAGAUCGCCGUUACCUGUGCUAUUUCUGUAACAAACUCUUCACCCGACGACGCUCCGUCAGAGAUCAUAUCUCAAAGAUUCACAACACAAAGACUUGGGAGCCUCUGCGCAGUUUAGAGAUCGUCGUCGAACCCAUUUCGGGCGAACCGCUAGAGCCCCUCGAGGACAUCAUCUCUCGAGGUCCACCUCCGCCGCCUCCAAAGCCUGCAAAAUCUGAACCCCGCCAGUCAUUCACCAAACAAGACGAAUCUACCCAAGACCUCAGCCCAGUUGCCAACGAAGAGGAAUCCCCCCAGCCCGAUAUACCCACAACCGUGGCUACAGAGCCCUCUCGUCCGACUACUUCCGUUACCUCCUUGAAAAAGGAACCAUCUCUGGUCGAAUCGCGAGCCUCCUCGAGUGAACCUUCGGCAAUCCCCGCUCCCGUCGCGGGCAAAAAGCGUCCUCCUCCCAACGAACCUUCCAAACCCGCGUCGGCCGCCCUCAAAAAGAAAGGCAUUGCAAAACCCAAGCCCACGCCCGCAAGUAACAAGAGGCAAAAGAUCAGUGACACGGAACACAGCUCCAGUCUCGCCCGCUCUCCUUUGCGUUCUCCAAGUGCGACCCCCUCCUCCAACCACGUCAAGCCGCUGGCAUCUUCAAAGCUCAAAAAUCAAACUCUUGCAGCGAGCGUGAGGUCAUCCCCAACCCCGAGUCUCUCACGUGACCCUUCGGUGCGAUCGAUAUCGCGAUCCAGCUCCGUCGCGGCCACCCCCGAAAGCUCCAACGAUGAUGGAGAGGUCUUUUGCAUCUGCCGCAAAGGCGACAACCAUACCUGGAUGAUUGCUUGUGACGGCGGUUGCGAAGAAUGGUACCACGGCAAUUGUGUCAAUAUUCGCGAGCGGGACGGCGACCUGAUUGACAAGUACAUAUGCCCGACCUGCACGAGGCCGGGCCUGCACACCACCUGGAAACGCAUGUGUCGUAGAAAGGACUGCCGCAAACCAGCGAGAGUGACACAAGACCCUCCCAGCAAGUAUUGUUCGGACGCCUGUGGGCGCAUGUUCUUUGUCGAACUUGUUCAGCGAGGAGAUCCUACUGUCCAGUCCAGUCGUGAUGGCCAGUCUGUUCUUGAAUUGGAAAAGCCGAAGAAGGUUCGCAAGAAACCGAGACGCGUCGGUAACGCACAUACCACGUCUAAGCCGACUGCCCCUCAGGCCAAUGGAGGCCUGGGCGAGCCGACCAACGAGGCGAGCCGUCUGGCCACUCCUGCCUACAGCGAAGACGAAAAAUCCGAAUACGAGACCGAUAGUAGUGUCGAUGAUGAUAUGCUGCCGAACCGAGGAGGUCCUUUGAGGGCCGGCGAAGUCAAGGCUCUCCUCGAACGUUGCAAGACUAUUGACGAAUGGAAGUUCCUGGGCAGAAAACCGGCUACUCCUCCACGAGACAUGGAUGAAAACGACUCCAAGGAGCCCGUAUUCGAACAUGACGAACUCGAACUCGACAAGAUCGCCAGCAUCGAAGAGCAAAUGCGCACGCUAAACGCCAAAAGUGAGCUCUUGAGUGCAAGAGAAGGCUUGUUGGAUCUCAUCAAGACCAGGUCCAGCAGUAUCACGGAUGAGGUCAAAAAAUCCAAUGCCAAGUCAAAGCCGUGUGGCUUUGAUCCACGUCUGGCUUGGAGCGACGAAGAGUUCUCCCGGUGGUACGUUGCACAAGGGAAAGCCAUUCUGGAUGCUGGGGACAAGGGCAAGAUCGGGCCUCCAGACGACGAUGAGCUCGUCUCGGACAAAGGUGCCAAUGGUCUAGCCAACGGAGCAUCAAAUCACCAUGCGGGAACGGAGGAUGAAGAAGAAGACAAUAUGCCCAAGAAAGGAGGCGUGUGCGUCAAGAACAACUGCCAGCGACACAAGAAUUGGGCCAAGGGUCAACUAGCUGAAGUGCGAUUUGAGCAGGAUUUGGUGAGAAGAUCUUUGGCAAGGCUGGAAGCCCAGCUGUAUGAGUUUCGUCAAAGAGCCAUGGUGAGAGCAUGGGAGCGAAGAGGCUGAAAGGCACAAAUGACCUAGUAACCUCAAUGUGUAUAUUACCACCAGCUCUCCGUGGCCUUGACCAUGGGAGGCAUCUGUUGCUUUCAUAGCCUUCGAGAAAGCGGUACAACAAAUCCAGGCAGAAUUUGACUCGGCGUGUGAUACAAGUCUAAGACUGAGCAUCUGACUAGACCUUUGGUCAAGUGUAAAUCAUCUGUGGAAGCGUCUAAAAUCCCGUGAUCCUGUUGAUCACAAAGACCGAUAUCCAACUCAUCAAUGCUUGACAAACACAUCCAACGCCAUUCAGAGUGUCGUAUAUCCAUCACCAGCUUCAAACCCUUACAUUGCGCAGCGACGACUCUGCACUCGGCAUGGCUUCGAGUUUGCAUGACACAGAUCACACAGACUGCACCGUCUCGACACGCUCACUUUCUCGAGUACGAGGCUCGGAUCUCAUCACACACAGCAGCCGUGACUUGGGCCGUAUUGGCGGAGCCACCAAGAUCAGUCGUCUUGAUGCCCUUUUCACAAACUCGUUCAACGCACUCGAGGAGACGCUGCGCCGCCGCCUCUUCGCCGAGCCAGCUCAGCAUCUCGGCUGCGGUCCAGAAGGUCGCCACAGGGUUCGCAAUACCCUUGCCGGUGAUGUCAAAUGCAGAGCCGUGAAUCGGCUCAAACAUGCUAGGAUGCUCGCGUGUCGGGUCAAGGUUCGACGUCGGUGCAAUUCCAAUACUACCGGCCAGCGCCGCCGCCAGAUCCGACAGAAUAUCCGCGUGGAGGUUGGUGGCGACGAUGGUGUCAAGGCUCUCUGGCUUGAGAACCAUCCGACAUGUCAUUGCAUCGACCAGCAUCUUGUCGGUUGUCACGUCUGGAAACUCGUUGGCAAUCUCUGCCGCCACCUCAUCCCAAAGAACCAUGCCGUUACGCUGAGCAUUGCUUUUGGUCACGACUGUCAGAAGCUUGCGCGGCCGCUUCCGUGCCGUCUCAAAGGCAAAUCGCAUGAUGCGCUCCACAGCAUGUCGUGUGAAGAUGCUCACUUCAGUUGCCGUCUCCCAGGGGUGGCCUUUGUGUGAGCGGCCGCCUUGACCCGCGUACUCGCCUUCACUGUUCUCGCGGAUGAUGACCCAAUCUAAUGAGCCCGGUGACGCGUUGCGGAGUGGUGAUUCCGUGCCGCGGAAAAUCUUGGUUGGACGGACGUUUGCAUACUGUUGCAGGGGCUGGCAGAUCGCAAGACGGAGGCCCCAGAGUGAGAUGUGAUCUGGAACAUCUAGUGUGGGCCGACUGGUUAGUUGCCAAUGAACAGGAAGGAUAGAUGGUAGUAUUCACCAGGAGCACCGACAGCGCCAAACAGAAUGGCGUCAUGUUUUUUCAGACUCUCCAAGCCACCAUCAGGGAUGUACUUUCCAGUCUUCUUGUAUGUCUCGGAUGACCAGUCGUAGUCUUGGAACUCGAGCUUGAAAUCGCCAGCGGCAGAUUCCAGAGUCUUGAGGACUUCCACGCCGGCAGAGAUUACCUCGGGUCCGAUGCCAUCGGCGCCCAUGGUGGCUAUCUUGUAGGUCUUGUUGACCGGGACGGCUAUAGGUGACAUUUUGGCGAUUGGCUGAGAAUUGGGAUCUAUAUCUGGGUUUCACGUAGGUCUUUUUCAAUAUAUAGAAGAUGGGCCUGUGACACCUUGAGAUGACACCAAGUAGAAGAGGGAAGACAGUUGACGUAUUCCUUGUCUCUUGGUA